AUGCACGCACUGCCGCGCAGCCAUUUUGUGCGCUAUUUGUGCUUGAGUUUCAGCGCUGUCAUGGGUCUGCGCUACCGCUUCACCUUCAUCGAUGAGGCGCCCGUUCUGGCUGUGCCUCGUUCCCACAGCUGCCCCGCGCGCCAAAAAGACCCGGGCCCAGAGGAGCAAGCGCUCAGCUGGCAGGUGGCUUGCCUCCCAGACCGGGCCCAGCGCAUCCGCGAGCCGGCCCCAGCGCCAACACCCGCCCCCAGCACGGGCAGCGUGGGCCACCCGCAGGUGUGCCGGCGCCCGUGCGUCUACUGGGCAAGGGGGGCCUGUCGCUUGGGCAGCGCUUGCGGCUAUUGCCACAUGCCGCACUACCGCCGAGACAACCUUGACAAGAUAAAUCGCCGUGUGGUGCAUGCCAUGUGCGAGGCCGAGUUGCUGGCCGUGAUCAUUCCGCAUCUCCGCAGGAUGACUGACGGGACGGAGCUUCACCAGGCCAAGUCUUUGGUCGAUUUGCUUCAGCGCGAGCUUGCCCUGCGGCGCGUAUGCAGGGCAUCGUCGGUUGAGGACCUAAAGAGGCUGGAGAAGACACUACGGCGCAUGAGCGUCCCCUGCCUCAUCGGAUUGAUCACCUCAAGGCGCUGGAAAGGACCGCUGCCACAAGUCUUGCAGGAGGCUAUGACCUCCCUGCGGGAAGAGUUUGCCCUGGCCCAACAUUCUGCCACACAGUGA